UUAAUUACCAAACCGCCCCUAACACUCUUUCUUCUAUCCACCGCUCCGUCCACAACACCGUCGAAGCCGUAACCCUCAUCGGCAAGAGCUGCAGAAGCAGCCACGGCAAACUAUACAGUGAGGCCACCAAACAUUUGCAAGAGUUGUGUACUUGCGGUGAUUUGAAAGUAUUUGACUCGUGUAAUUUUGAGGUCAUCGUUGUUAAAAUUGAAGAGUGGCAGUGGAAUGACGUCAAACUUAAACCUCUCUUUUGGUCUCCGACAAACACAUUCAAGGCCAGUCCCGCUCUUUCGCCUCAAAUUCAGAGAUACUCGCCCACUCAAAGUUUCGUGUGAUUAUUCUCGCUUCGAAAUAAGGGAUGUGAGCUAUCGACCUCCUGGAACACAGACUAACAUAUUGAGCGGGGUUAGUCUAUCCCUUACUGAGAGAAGUUUUGGUUUAAUUUUCGGGCGAAGUGGAAGUGGAAAAUCAACUCUCUUGCAGCUUAUUGCAGGGGUUAGUAAACCUACAUCGGGUUCUAUUUGCAUCCAAAAAUAUCGUGAUGACGGUAGUCCACAUCAGUCUCCUAUAUUAUCAACUCCGGAGAGAGUUGGCAUCGUUUUUCAGUUUCCUGAGAGGUAUUUUCUUGCUGACAAUAUUCUAGAUGAAGUCACAUUUGGGUGGCCAAGACAAAAGGCGGACCUUCCUUUGAAAGAGCAUCUUGCUUCUAGACUACAACGAGCAAUUUCUUCGGUUGGUCUCAGCGGAAUCUCUUUGGAUAAAGAUCCUAGGUCACUUAGUGGUGGCUACAAGCGUCGGCUUGCCCUAGCAAUUCAGUUAGUACAGUCUCCGGAUCUAUUAGUGCUAGACGAGCCUCUUGCUGGUCUUGAUUGGAAGGCACGUGCAGAUGUCGUAAAGCUUUUAAAAAAUCUAAAAGAAACAGUAACCAUACUUGUUGUCAGCCAUGAUCUCAAAGAAAUAGCAUCUCUAGUUGACCAGUCAUGGCAUAUGUAUAUGGGUGGAAUGCUCAAGGAAGAGCCUCUACCACUAUAAACUUUAUUGUGGGGCAUGUUGGCUUAUGCUUCGUGUUGUAUUGUUGUAGUCUGAGUUCAGUUCUACUAAAUCACAGUAGCAUCCCAAGUAUGCAAAGAAUUGGCACUUGCAGUCUGCAUCUGUUUUAAUCCAGUGUCCCCCAUUUUCGGCUGAAUGGCCCCUUUUAAGGUUUCCAUGAUUAUUCCAAUAGAUAUAACAUUUCCUUCAAAGUAGUCGUCGUUGGAAAUUUGUAAUUGCCUUUUCCCAGCAGUCACAGCUCUAUGUUGAUGUGUUAUGUCAUAUUUGUGUGGCGUGUUCAUUUUUCAGCCAGAAAUUAAUAGAUGAGCAGAUGCAUGUUUUGUGCAAGAUAGUAUUGACCCCAAAUAAUACUUCAUAUUUAUUCAUCUGCCGUUACAAAUAAAGUGUGCUAAAUUUUACUUUAUUAGAUUA